CCCAUGGGCGGCGGCGGGGGCGGCUCUGCGCGGGGCUUGCCCGCCGCCGCUGAUGCCGCUGCCGCCUGCCCGCGAGGCGGCUGAUGCGGGUGGCGGGGCCAGGGGAGGUGGCGGCGGCGGUGGCGGCGGCGGUGGCGGGGGGCUCCCGGCCAUGUGUCGGCCGGGGGUGCGCGGGGUCCUGGGCCGGGCUUGCCUGCUGCUGCUGCCGCCCUGCGCGUUGGUGCUGGCGGCGAUGCCCGGCUCCGCGUCCCACCCGCAGCCCUGCCAGAUCCUGCGGCGUAUCGGGCACACGGUGCGGGUGGGGGCCACCCACCUGCAGCCCCGCGCCGCCCCCUCCGCCGCCGCUGCCUGGCCCGGGGAGGUGCCGGGCGGGCGCCCCGAGGGGCCACGGGGUCGGCGGGCGGGGGGCGGCCCGGGGGGGGAGCGGCGGCCGCCCCCCUCGCCGCGGGAAGCGCUGCUGCUCGCCGUGUCCAACCUAAACGGUGUGCCCGGGCUGCUGCCCUACAACCUGUCCCUGGAGGUGGUGAUGGCGAUCGAGGCGGGGCUGGGCGACCUGCCCCUCUUCCCCUUCUCUUCGCCCAGCGCCUCGUGGAGCAACGACCCUGUCUCCUUCCUGCAGAGCCUCUGCCACACCGUGGUGGUGCAAGGGGUCUCGGCCAUCCUUGCCUUCCCGCAGAGCCGCGAGGAGUUGCUGGAGCUGGACUUCAUCUCGGCGGCGCUGCGCAUCCCGGUGGUCAGCAUCGUGCUGGGCGAAUUCCCCCGGCGGAGCCUGAAUCCCCUUCACCUUCAGAUGAGUUUAGAAAGCUCACUGAGUUCUGAUGCUGACGUCACUUUCUCGAUCCUUGCGAUGAACAGCUGGUAUAACUUCAGCCUGAUGCUGUGCCAGGAGGAGUGGAACGUCACAGAUUUCCUCUUCCUCACACAACAGAGCUCCAAGUUCCACCUGGGAUCCAUUAUAAACAUCACAGCAAACCUCACUUCAACCAGCGACCUUCUGAACUACUUGCAGCUUUAUCUGGAGAGUAUCAAGGACACGACAUCCACCAUGGUGAUGUUUGGAUGUGACAUGGAGAAAACACGGAGGAUUUUUGAAAUAACCACACAGUUUGGCGUGAUGCCUCCGGAGCUUCACUGGAUUAUUGGGGAUUCACAGAACGUGGAAGAGCUGAGGACAGAAGGUUUGCCCCUUGGUCUCAUUGCCCAUGGCAAGACAACACAGUCAGUCUUCGAGCACUACGUGCAGGACGCGAUGGAGCUGGUAGCCAGAGCUGUAGCAGCAGCCACCAUGAUCCAGCCUGAACUAGCUCUUAUUCCAAGUACAAUGAAUUGCAUGGACACAGAUGAGAGGAAUAUCACUUCAGGACAGUAUCUGUCAAAGUUUUUAGCCAACACAACUUUCGAUGGUCUCAGUGGCCGCAUUAAGGUGAAGGGCUCCUCCAUUGUCAGCUCAGAAAACAACUUCUUCAUCUGGAAUCUGCAGCACGACCCUGUCGGGAACCCAAUGUGGACACGUCUAGGGAGCUGGCAAGAGGGAAAGAUAAUCAUGGACUAUGGAAUAUGGCCAGAACAGACACAGAGACAUAAAAGUCACAUGCAGCACCCCACCCGGCUACACCUCAGAGUGGUGACACUGAUUGAGCACCCGUUUGUCUUCACAAGGGAUGUCGAUGAUGAAGGUCUUUGCCCAGCAGGGCAGCUGUGCCUGGACCCCUUGACCAACAACUCAGGUGUGCUGGAUAACCUGUUUGAAACCCUCCAAGGGGGGAAUGACACCAUUCCCAUUGAGCUGAAGAAGUGCUGCUAUGGCUACUGCAUUGACCUGCUGGAGAAGCUGGCUGAGGAUAUGAAUUUCGAUUUUGACUUGUACAUUGUUGGGGAUGGAAAAUAUGGAGCUUGGAAGAAUGGCCACUGGACGGGGCUGGUGGGAGACCUUCUGGCUGGCACAGCUCACAUGGCAGUGACAUCAUUUAGCAUCAACACUGCCCGCAGCCAAGUGAUUGACUUCACCAGCCCUUUCUUUUCAACAAGCUUGGGCAUCCUGGUGAGGACCAAGGACACGGCAGCUCCUAUUGGAGCCUUUAUGUGGCCACUGCACUGGACUAUGUGGCUGGGUAUAUUUGUUGCUCUUCACAUCACAGCUGUAUUCCUCACCUUAUACGAAUGGAAAAGCCCUUUUGGAAUGACCCCUAGGGGAAGGAAUAGGAACAAAGUCUUCUCCUUCUCCUCUGCCCUGAAUGUCUGCUACUCGAUCCUGUUUGGAAGAACAGCUGCCAUCAAACCCCCAAAGUGCUGGACUGGAAGGUUUUUAAUGAAUCUCUGGGCUAUUUUCUGCCUUUUUUGUUUGUCCACAUACACAGCCAACCUGGCUGCUGUCAUGGUAGGAGAGAAGAUCUAUGAAGAGCUUUCUGGAAUACAUGACCCAAAGCUCCACCACCCAUCCCAAGGGUUUCGGUUCGGGACUGUGCGGGAGAGCAGCGCAGAGGAUUAUGUGAGGCAGAGCUUCCCAGAGAUGCAUGAGUACAUGCGGCGCUACAACGUCCCUGCCACCACGGACGGAGUGGCUUACCUGAAGCAUGAUCCAGAGAAACUCGAUGCCUUCAUCAUGGAUAAAGCACUCCUAGAUUAUGAAGUAUCAAUAGAUGCUGACUGCAAGCUUCUAACUGUGGGAAAACCCUUUGCCAUUGAAGGAUAUGGCAUUGGCCUUCCCCCAAACUCUCCGCUCACCUCAAACAUCUCUGAACUGAUCAGCCAGUACAAAUCCCAUGGUUUCAUGGAUGUUCUGCAUGACAAGUGGUACAAGGUUGUUCCAUGUGGGAAAAGAAGCUUUGCUGUCACGGAGACACUGCAAAUGGGCAUCAAGCAUUUUUCAGGGCUCUUUGUGAUGUUGUGCAUUGGGUUUGGUUUGUCCAUUCUCACCACCAUUGGGGAACACAUCGUGUACAGACUGGUCCUGCCACGAAUCAAGAAGAAAUCCAAGAUGAAGUACUGGCUCCAUACAAGUCAGAGAUUGCAUCGUGCUCUGAACAGUUCAUUUAUUGAGGAAAAACGUCAGCCUAAGAAAAAACGAGUCGAAAAGAGGUCCCACAUAGGGAACAGCCAGCACACCGUGUGGAACACCGCCAAUCUGCGCAACUGCCACCGGAAAAAAUACGUCUGUACAGACCAAGGGCAGAACGAGGUGACGAUCCAUCAGCACCAGGACAUCCCCCUGCCACAGGUGAGGAGGGAGGCCCCGGCUUCCUUAAGCACCAAUGGGAAAGCAGAGUCCCUCAACACUGCAAGGACCUCAGUGAUGCAGGAGCUCACUGAGCUGGAGAAGCAGAUCGAAAUCAUCAAGCAGGAGCUGCAGCUCGCCAUGGACAGGAAAUCAGAGCUGGAGGAAUAUCAGAGGACAAACAGGACUGCAGAGCCCUAGGCCAGGACACUUGGGCCCUUCCACCUUUUCUUCCUCUUCUCCCUAUUCCUCUGUGAAAUUUGUAACACACUUUUGUAAUGCCAGAAAGGGGUGCAAAAAUAAAGCAGGCAAUGUGCUCUUCAUGGGAGCAGGAUUGCAGCAGCCCACAGCCACUGCCACCCUCCUGAGUCCUCCUUUCACAGCAAGUUUCUCAUUCUCCUGGAAAACACCAGCCAUUCCCAAGGGACUGGAGAAAAAAGGAGCAUCCAAACAGCAAGAGUUCCUCAUUCCUCCACUUGACAGUACAGUGAGGUUCCCACCUUUUCAGCCCUUUCUGUGCAUUAAUUCACAAAAAGACAAAAGAAAAAAAAAAGGGAGAAAAUGUAAACUGCUCAUUGGAAGCAUGCCCCUUGUUGGUACAUUUUUGUUGUGUUAUCUGUGGGUUUAGUCUCUGUUCAUGUGAAGGCUCCUCACGGAUGCCUCAUUAUGCCAGGUGCUAGUUCUGUGUUGGCAGUCCCUCCCCUCCUGGCACAGAAUCUCAAGACAAAAUUCUUGGUGGCAAACCCAGUAUACACCAUUCCCUCAGCUCUGUCAGCACAAAUGCAGAUAUGGCUGCUCUGAGACUGUGGUGAAGGAACUCACCCAGCUUAAAAAAUAACUUGGCAAAAACCAAACCACCACCUCCGUCUGCUUCCGAGCCCAGGCUUGGCUUCCAUUGCACCGAAGGAGCAGCCAUGCAAACAGCUGCACCAGCAGGUGUGAAGGGAUGGAUUCACAGUGGCAUACAGCAAGGAUAUGGGGAAGAGAGGGGUGGCAGUACUGUAAAUCAGUGUUUACCUCAAAAUGUGAAGUGUUUUGCCAUUGUGAAACUACUCCCUUAAUAUUCACUAUCUUCAGCUGACAGUAGGGUUCUUUCUCACAGACGAGGUGACGUAAAGGGGAUCUUGUCCAUUAUUCAUUUCAUCAAAGUGAAAGGGAGGCACCAAAGCCUCCCUACAGAUAAAGGAGAAUGAGAGUUGUGGUUUCGAAGGCAAUGUACCGGGCAGAGCCCUCGCCUACCUGGAUGAUGGGUAGAGGGGAAGGAAGGGUAAGCUGUUGAACAUCUGAAUAAAUAUUUCAUCAACCCAGCUGA